UUCUUCUCUCUCUUUGAUUUUCCCACAAGAAUUUCACCUCUCUCUCUCUUUCUUCUGUCACCGCUUCCACUGACAUGCACACCCAUUUUCACAGGUUUUCAUUACUAGGAGUUCAGUAGAGUAUUGGUGGUGUUGGUGAGCGUACGUGUACAGAGUGUAUGUAACUUCUGUAUACAUACGUAUUCAUGGAGGUAUCGGCUGAACCCAAGUCGUGGAGAGAUGAGCUAGCAAGCUUAGUGGAGGAUACUGGGAUACGAUUCACCGGAGAAUCAAUCGGAGUAUUGGCGCCGGAGUUCACGGCGAAGCCGUCGGCGGAGGAGGAGUCGGAGACUUUGAAGGAUCAAAUCAAGGGCUUCGCCAAGGCGUGGGGAGAAAUGGUGGUGGAAUUGGGGAGAGGGUGUAGGGAUGUUUUGCAGCAGACAGUACUGACUGAGGAUUCUUACAUUGUGAAGAAAACCAAAGGGCCGUUGGCUGAGGUGUCGGAGAAACUGAGGUUUCUGAAUGAGUUCUUGCCGGAGGAUCGUGAUCCGGCGCACGUUUGGCCCAUCAUCUUCUUCGUUUUUGUUCUUGCUCUUGCUGUUCUGAAUGUGAAUAGCAAUCACGACAGUGCUGUUGUAUUGGUGAAGAAAGUUUCUCUACAUCCUCCUAGUGCUGUACGUAUAUUGCUUCCAGAUGGCAGAUACAUAGCAUAUCAUGAGAUGGGUGUUCCAGCUGAUACAGCAAGAUAUUCCGUUAUCAUGCCACAUGCUUUCCUCUCUUCUCGACUUGGGGGUAUACUGGGUAUCAAAGUGUCGUUGCUGGAAGAAUUUGGUGUUCGUCUCAUCAGUUAUGAUCUUCCUGGUUUUGGCGAGAGUGAUCCUAAUCCUAACAGAAAUCUUAACUCAUCAGCUCUGGAUAUGUCACACUUGGCAGAUUCAGUAGGAGUAAAGGGUAAAUUCUGGGUUCUGGGAUAUUCAAGUGGCUCUUUGCAUGCUUGGGCUUCUCUGAAGUACAUCCCGGAUAAAGUUGCAGGUGUUGCCAUGCUUGCACCAUUUGUUAAUCCAUAUGAAGUGAGCAUGACCAAAGAAGAGAUGUCUAGGACUUGGGAAAAUUGGACUCGAAGAAGAAAAUUAUUGUACUAUCUGGCUAGAAGAUUUCCCAAGUUCCUCAGUUACUUUUAUAGUAGAACUUUUCUCUCUGGGAAGCAUGGUCAGAUAGACAAAUGGUUGUCUUUAUCACUGGCAAAGAAGGAUAAAGAUCUUGUCAAAACAUCAGCUUUUGAAGAAUUAUGGCACAGGGAUGUUGAAGAGUCAGUUCGUCAGGGUAAUCUCAAACCCUUUGUGGAGGAAGCAGUACUCCAAGUGACAAAUUGGGGUUUCAGCCUCAUGGAUUUUCAAAUGCAGAGGAAAUGUUCCAGAAAAGGCAUUCUCCCUUGGCUCCAGUUCAUGUAUGGUGAGCCAGAAUGUGAAUUGACUGGAUAUCUUGGCCCGAUACACAUAUGGCAGGGACUGGAAGACACAGUCUUUCCCCCAUCAAUGACUGAUUAUGUGGCCCGUAUCCUACCCAAUGCGAUUGUGCAUAGACUUCCAGAAGAGGGCCACUUCUCAUAUUUUUCUCUCUGCGAUGAAUGCCACAGGAACAUAUUCUCAACCCUUUUUGGAAGCCCACAAGGUCCAGUUGAUACUGUAGAUAAUACCCUAACAGAAGAAGAUGGAGAAGAGGGCUUGGUUCAGGCAGAGUCUACCUCUGAACAAGAUGCUUCCUGAUUAAAAAAUGACUGUGUAGAUAACAGGAUUGCUCCUGUUUUCAGUGGAGCAUGGAAAGCCAGAAAUCAAAUAGUUUGCUGAUUUCUACGUGCUGAAGAUAACUUUACUUAUUAGUGCUGACAAUAGACGUGUGAAAUAGAAAGCACUACAAUAUCAAAAGGAAUCUUUGUUCUCUAUAGCAAUGACAACAUCCACCUUGUUUUCCUGUGGGUAAAAUGCUAUUUUGGUAUUUUAUCCUUCAUUUUCUACUUCUUGUGAUCCAUGAGUCAUUCUGUCCCA